GGUGGUGGUUGUGGGUAACACCCGAGUCGCAUCGCCGAGUGGCUAUUACUAUUAGUAUUUCCGAGUUGGAACACGUCGCGAAGGAACCACGUGCACCGUUUCACAUGGCAGGCGGUGGCAGCCAAUUGUCCGGAGACCGCUGAAAUCUGUUUCUACUUUCAUUCACGACCACGAUGAACCUCCACGCGCAGUCCGAACAGACUGAUAACCACCUAGAAUUUGAAGUCCCGCCUACCGCCAUGUCGCAGGCUUUCCAUUCUCCUUCGUCUCCCAAGGCCCAACGACCGUUUUCUAUUGAUCUCAGUCUCGAACUUGAACAGCAACUGGACAUGGAAUCGCCACCAGUAACCCCCGCAUACAACGCCCAUACUCACGAUACACGUCCAAAGCGUGAAUCGCUCGACCCGCAGGUUCUUGCACAUAUUGUCAUGCAGCUCCGCCAUUCAUUAGCCGAAAUGACCAAAGAGCGGGAUGAUUUGCUUCAGCUUGUCUCAGGGGCGCACUCAAACGAAGCAGAGCUCAAGGACGCUCUGCAAGCCGUAACAGAAAAGGCGACAGAGUUGGAAGAGGAGCUCAUGACGGCGAGACGGAAAAUGAAAGACGAUGAGGAUGCCAUUGCGAUGCUGCGGACAAAGGUGGAAGAGAGCAGACGUGGUCUUAUGCGGCUUCAAUCCGAAAAUCAGAACCGCAGACAAAGUGUCGGACCGAUGCCGCUGGACUUGUCUCGUGCGGGUUUCAACAAUUUCAGCACCCCUGGGUCGUCCAAGCGAGCCUCGUUCACCCCUGCUACAGGUUCCCACACGACACGUCCGAAUGCUCAUCGACGUAUUUCAUCAGUUUCUGAUACAUGCCUUGAUGAUCAGUCCUCGCAAACGCUAAUCGUGCCCCCCGAACUGUCAGCCACCUCGUCUCGCCGAAUAUCAGGUAUCUAUAAUCGCUCUCCUCAAGCCGACAGAGACUCGUUCAAUCUGGAGCUAGAGGCGCUGCGGAAGGAACUGCGGGCGGUGAAGGAUGAGCUUGAAGAGACCAAGCACGAGCUCUCGGAGGCUAAUGAAGCCAAGGAAGCGUCUGACACGUGUGUAAACGCAUUGCGGGAAUUUAUUUCCGAAAACAAUGUUGGAACCGUCGACCUUGACGCUAGGGACGGUGUAAAGCUGCCUCCUUUGCCUGCCACCACGACCGGAGAUGAGACAGAGGCAAAGAAGGCCAGUGCUGGAUGGGGAUUCAAGCUGUGGAAAGUCGAUACCUCCGUAAAACCUGCCAAUGGUCCUAGCUCGACCGCAACAACUUCUACAGCUUCACCUGUUAUCGCACCUUCCCCCCAAUUCAAUGCCUCGGGAGUACCGCUCACACGAAAGAUCGGUGGCUUUUUCAGUUCCCGAGGGAGCGUCUCCUCAACCGCUUCAAAUAUUACCAAUUCAGCCCUUCAAUCGAACGCUGCCACUCCUCAGGUUCCUCACCGUGAUUCGGUUUACAGCUUCUCGGACGCGUCUUCCAUGAAUGAGCCGCUGAGCCCUACAAGCGAAGAAAGUUCACAUAAUGACGUGGUAGUGCGUUCAUUAUCGGACAUAGGGAGUCUGGGUGGAUCGUCACCUCCGUACAGUAACGGAGUGGCAAUGCAUGUCGAGAAGGAAGUUUUGGCAUCAUGAUGGAGCGGUUAAUAUCUUUUUGCCCGUUAGACCACUUACGACCGUUAUGAGCAUUACAUUAGUCCCUUGUCUCGACCUUUUUACUGCUACGAUUCGAGUAUGUAACUUUGAAUUCGCAAUAGUUUUGUAUCUCAAUAUAAUGGCUGGAUUUGAACAA